CGUCACAGCCAUGGCUAUCUGCUGGGAGCAAAUAUGAGGAAAAUCUGGAGGAGGGGAGCAGAGCAGCACUAGAGUUUCCAACAAUGUUGAAUAAAUCCACCUGGAUGGCCCCGACCGUGGACCCAGAGCUGGACCCAUGCAGUAACUACACUCAGGCCUGGCUUUGGCUGUCAUCCCUGCAGCCCACCUACCUGGCCCUGAUCAGCGUGGUGGGGUUGGUGGGAAAUGGCCUGGUUGUCUGUGUGCUCUGCCUGCAGAGGAAACCCUGCAGCGUGGCUGACGUGUACCUGGGAAACCUGGCAGCGGCUGACCUGGUCAUGAUGUCGUGCCUUCCCUUCUGGGCCGUGACCAUCGCUCGAGGCUACCAGUGGGAGUUUGGCGAGAUCCUCUGUAAGCUGGUCAAUGUGGCGAUCUCCAUGAACUACAUGUGCAGCGUCCUCUUCCUCGUCCUGGUCAGUGUGGACCGAUACCUGGCUCUGGUGAAGCCAGUGAGCUGCAGCCGUCUGAGGAGGGUCUCCUGGGCUAGACGUAUCUGCGUGGGGAUCUGGAGUCUGGGCUUCCUUUUCACUUUGCCAACAUUGCUCUUCCGAACCAUCGUGUUUGUAGACGAUGCCAGCGUGCAUGCCUGCAUUCUGGCUUACCCGCACCCAGCAUGGAGGCUGUAUCACAACAUCACCAGGAACCUGCUGGGCUUCCUAAUCCCUGUUCUGGUGGUGACUUACUGCACUCGUCAUAUUGUGGCAACUCUGAACGACCGUGGAGGUCUCUCCAGGGUCAAGGUGGAGAGGAAGGCCACAGACCUGGUCCUGGCUGUCUGGGCCGUCUUCCUCCUCUGCUGGACACCUCACCAAGUGAUGAGGUUUCUGGACACAUUGGACUACUUCAAGCUGACUCCUGGAUGUCUCUGGGGUCACAUUCUGGACAUCGGCUUACAGCUGUCCACAUAUCUGGCAUACAGCAACAGCGCCAUCAACCCCUUCCUGUUUGUCAUCGUGGGGAAACACUUCAGGAGACGAGCCAGAGAGGUGUUUGGGAGAGCAGUGAAACCGUGGUCAAAGGAAUCGACCAAUCUGACCGUGAGCUUCACCUCAGUCAACAGGCUGAAUGAAAAACAGAGGAUCAGCAUUGAAACGCUGGAUAAAUCAGUGCUGAGACAAACUCUAACAUAACAGAGAACUGUGAGGACUCUGCAGCAUAAACUGUGACUCAAACAUGAAGUAUUAGAACAUUAAACUGUGAUUAUUUAAGGAGAAGUCUGCAAUAAUAUCUCUCUGCUGUGAUAAACUCCAAAGUCUCA